AUGCAAAUCAAAGCAAUUGUAGCGUUGUUUCUCGGCAGCGCUUGCGCAGCGAAAAAUGACGCCAAAUAUCCGCCCUUCUACGGCACAGGAUGGGGCGGGCCGGUGCGCUUCGCGGACAACUACAACAUAUCUAGCAACACCACGGGCUUCACCAUGGUCGAGGCUACGCUCGUAAUGCCGCAUCUAUCGAUUCCCAAGAAGCCACAUGAGAAAGCCACGCAGUACACUGCUUCUUACUGGAUUGGGCUCGAUGGGUAUUUUUCGUCCGAAAUCGUCCGUGGACUCUGGCAAGCUGGCGUCAUAAUGUCGGUGUGGCCCAACGGGACGACGGAGUACACGGGAUUUCAUGAAUGGAUUCCUGAUGACCCUAUAUCCAUCAACUUCGCCGACCUCGCUAUCUCAGAGGGCGAUCAUGUCCAUGUGGUUAUGAAGACAACCAACAACGGAUAUCACGGCAGCACGUCGCUCACUAACUUAAACACCAGCCAAACAUACCUACACAGCCAAGACGCCCCAACAGCUUGGCGCGGCCCUACUUUCCCAUCCCAGGGAGCGUCUGCAGAAUGGAUCAUCGAGGCAGGAACGUAUCUGAACGGACCGCAGUACAUUCUCCCCGAUUGGGGAACUGCUACAUUCUUCAAUGCCCGAGCUUGCACUAAAAAAGGUAAAUGUGCCCUUCCCGGGGGCAAUAAGGACCAAGGGAGUAUGACGGCUGUGUUUUGGAAUGACACGAAGACACUAUACACGCGAUCCUGCGUCGAGAAGGACCGUGUAUCAAUUGAAUACAUCGAGGAGCACUUUACUCCAAAGGUGUAG